UGUACUGUACGCUUGCAGGGAUGUGAGGGCGGUGUGAUUGACAGCUGGAAGCCCCGCCCCCGCGUCUGAGCAGCGCACACCGCGCGGUGAGUGUUUUCUGAGUCGGGCAGCGACGGAGCGGAUUUCAGCGCGCGAGUUCCAUGAACAGCGCAGUGAGCAGUGAGGGGAUCUGAAGCAUUGCUGACACCACGGUGCACAGAGGAGACCUACAACUUUUCUCCCAAAUCACACAAUGAAACUUUGGUUUGGGGUUUUUGUGGUCUUGUGUCUGGACUGUACAUACGCAGGGUCGAAGACUCAUGAACCAUGUGCAGGGCGCGACUGCAGUGGAAAAUGUUCCUGUCCUCCGAUAAAAGGUAGCAGGGGUCAGCCUGGGCCUUUAGGACCAUCUGGCCCCACUGGACCUGAUGGCUUUAUUGGGGCCCCAGGGCCUAUUGGACCUAAAGGAGAAAGAGGGCAUGGCGGGCAAUCAGGACCAUCUGGACCCAAAGGGGACAAGGGUCCAGUGGGUGUUCCCGGUUUUCCAGGUCUCGAUGGUAUUCCUGGUCAUCCAGGCCAGGAGGGACCACAGGGACUGCCAGGAGCAGAUGGUUGUAAUGGCACACGAGGUGACCCUGGUUUCCCCAGCGGAUUUCCUGGUAGACCUGGUAACCCUGGAUCUCAGGGAUUACGUGGUGUCAAAGGGCAAAAAGGAGAACCACGGUUCAUUUCUACAACCUCGGUUCCUGUUGGUCCUGUUGGUGAACGUGGUUUUCCUGGUCCAGUCGGCCUCCCGGGUCCCGUUGGCCCCAUCGGUUUACCUGGAUACCCUGGACGUCCUGGUCCUCCAGGUCCUCCUGGGCUAAUUGGACACCGUGGUCAGGGUUAUGAAGGAGAGAAAGGAGAGAAGGGCGAUGCGGGUCUGCCGGGACUCAGGGGUGCUCCAGCUGCUCUGUUAGGAUCACCAGCUAUAAGCACAAUCAGCAAAGGAGAGAAGGGUGAUAUUGGCCCUCCUGGUGCUACAGGACCACAAGGACCCCGAGGCCCAUAUGGCUACAAAGGGGAACGUGGAGAGAAGGGAAUUCUUGGAUUACCUGGUGCGAGGGGUCCUCCUGGUUUUAAUGGACCGCUGGGAGAAGAUGGCCUAAAGGGGUAUCGUGGGAGCCCUGGUCUCUUUGGAUUAUCAGGAGCUCCAGGCCCUAAAGGUUACAGGGGAGAAUCAGGGCCACCAGGGCCAACUAUCUUUAUUGGUGAACAAGAAUCAUUUGUACAAGGUCCUCUAGGUGAUCCUGGUUUUGAUGGCCUUCCAGGCCCAACUGGAGAUGCAGGUUUACCAGGACGUCCUGGACCUCCAGGUGACCCUGGAUCUUCAUCCUUCCAAACAGGUACUCCAGGCUUUCCUGGCUUCCCUGGUAUUAGUGGACCUAAGGGAGAGAAGGGAGACGCAGGUCAACCAAGCUUCAGCCCUGUCGGUUUGCCUGGAGACAGAGGGUUACCUGGACCUCCAGGUCCACCUGGACCUCGAGGCAUAACUGAAACAACUCUGAUUCCUGGGGACAAGACUGGAACACCAGGUGUAAAAGGCAGCAGAGGUCAACUGGGAGCUAAAGGUUUUAAAGGAGCCAAAGGUGAAGUUGGACUUUGUGAUUGCUUUGGUGAAGACAUCUCUGGCAGAGAGGGCCCUCAAGGAUUUCAAGGGCUCCCUGGUUUUGCGGGGCUCAGUGGGCGGAAAGGAGAGGUUGGUGACCCAGGACCUCCAGGACUCUAUGGACCACAAGGGCCAAGUGGUCGUCCUGGAGAGCGUGGCUUUACUGGGAUUAAAGGAGAGAAAGGAAACCCUUAUUAUGCUGCUAGACGAGGACAGAAGGGUGACAUUGGUCAGCAAGGGCCUGCUGGUCCUACAGGUGGCAUCGGCCAACCUGGAAGAAAUGGAGCCGCUGGUUUUCCUGGUGCACCAGGACCACCGGGAGAUGCUGGUUUUGGGGUGAUUGGAGACAGAGGUUAUCCUGGAUCUCCUGGUUUGAAGGGUCGCCCUGGUGCACCCGGUGACCCUGGAAUUGGCUACCCAGGCAGCGCUGGUGUUAGAGGAUUUCCAGGCGACCCUGGUAUCAGUGGGCUUCCAGGGAUAUCUGGACCUCCAGGACCACUAGGACUGUCACUGCCCUGCAUAAUUCCAGGAGAACCUGGUAAUCCAGGUUUCCCCGGACUGCCUGGAGUGCCAGGCCCAAAAGGAGAACCAGGUCCACCAGGACUAAAUGGAAAACCAGGUGCUGAUGGGUCAAAAGGUCAGAGAGGAGAUCCAGGCAGUGGAGGUCAACCCGGACCACAAGGCUUCCCUGGACCAAGAGGAGAUCCAGGUUUACCAGGCACUAUAGAAAAUGGCCGUCCAGGUUCUCCUGGAAAUAAUGGCCGUCCUGGGUUGCAAGGAGCAAAAGGAGAACCUGGCGAAGCUUUAGGGGUGGCUCCAGGAAUACGCGGACUUCCAGGACAACCAGGAGAGCUUGGAGACAAGGGCGAACGAGGCACUCCUGGAUUAUCAGGCGGACGUGGUUUUGAUGGAUCCAGUGGUAACCCAGGUGUAAAGGGGGAGUGUGGUGCCAAUGGUUUCCCAGGACUUCCAGGGCCACCAGGUCCACGGGGUGUGAGUCCUUCUGAAGUAAGUGGACCUCGUGGGCCACCUGGCAAUCCUGGAUUCCCUGGACCUGCAGGUUUUCCAGGACUCAAGGGUACAAUAGGAGACCCAGGACGUCAAGGCUUGGGUAGAAAGGGCUCUUCUGGACGACCUGGAAUUCCAGGACCAAAAGGACAAAUAGGACGUCCUGGAGAUACUAUUUCAGGACGUAAUGGCCAAUCAGGAAGGCCGGGAAAAAAAGGGGAGAAGGGAUUCUCUGGAUUGGUUGGAUUCCCUGGAUCACCUGGACGUUCUGGAGGCUCUGGACAGCCAGGGGGUAAAGGUCAACCUGGAAUCCCAGGAUUGGAUGGCGAACCUGGAGUAAAGGGCUCUCUUGGUUUUAAAGGGGACCGUGGAGAACCAGGCCAACCAGGUCCUCCCUCUCAACGCCUUCCACUGCACCUUAUUAAAGGGGACCAAGGUACUCCUGGAGCUACAGGACUGCCUGGUUUUCCAGGACCACGAGGUGAUAAGGGAACCCAAGGUUUACCUGGUCGUUCAGGCUUUCCUGGGCAGUUAGGAGUUGUUGUUAAGGGUCCACCUGGUGAUCCAGGUUUCCAAGGAAGCACAGGUUCUUCAGGAUUUGCAGGACCUAAAGGGGCACCUGGUGUUUUUGGUUUCCCUGGCAUGCCUGGCCCUAGGGGUGAUGAUGGAGUUCCUGGUUUGUAUGGACAACCUGGUAUUUCAGGAUUGCCUGGUAGCAAAGGUGAGAAAGGAGACUCUACUGGAGCACCUGGGGCCCCUGGAAGAAGGGGACUGGUAGGAGAUUUUGGAUUCCCUGGUCGCCCAGGCUUUGCUGGUGAACAAGGUUCUCAGGGUUUGCCAGGAGAUUUUGGAUAUCCUGGGCAGAAAGGAUUACCUGGAGAUCCAGGAAGGCCUGGAUCAGGAGGUCAACCUGGGCCACGUGGCACUAAGGGUCUUGAUGGUUUUCCGGGACAGAGGGGCCGGAAUGGUGAAUCAGGUCUCCCUGGGACUCCAGGUCGUGCAGGAGUAAAAGGUUUAUCUGGAUCCCCUGGUUUAGAUGGACUCAAUGGACUUUCAGGGCCCAAAGGUCAACCGGGUAUACCUGGUGUAGUAGAGGGCGGUCAGCCUGGAGCCCCAGGAUUGAAUGGACUAAAGGGAGAAAGAGGCACAUCACUGCCCGGAGCACCAGGAUUUCCUGGAGUAAAGGGAGCCCGAGGAGAUAUUGGUUACCCUGGACGGCCAGGGUUUCCAGGUCCUCCAGGUCCUCCAGGACGAUCCACUGCAUCUGGCAUUCUUGGUCCUCUAGGAGAUCCUGGUCUACCUGGACUAGAUGGUGAAAAAGGUGUUCCUGGCUCCCCUGGUCCUCGUGGUCCAGCUGGGCCUGGAACAGACCAGGGUGACAGAGGAGAUCAUGGAUUUCCUGGAUUACCUGGAAUCCCUGGGAUACGUGGCGAACCUGGAUUUUCAGGAGGACGUGGGCCACCUGGCAACUCAGGAUUCAAAGGACUGAGAGGAGACCCUGGAGGUAAUGGACCUCCAGGACGUCUAGGCUCCCCUGGAGAUCAGGGAAGUUAUGGUAGCAAAGGAUCAAAAGGAUUUGUGGGUCAACCUGGUAGCAAAGGCCUUCCAGGAAUUGUUCUCCCACCCCGAAUAAGGGACAUGCCAGUUGGGAAUCCUGGUCCACGAGGAGCCUCUGGCCUUCCUGGUUAUACAGGAUCACCAGGCCAGCCUGGUUUCCCUGGACGUCCAGGCCCCAAAGGAAAGAUUGGAUCGAUGGGCAAUCCAGGCCACACUGGUCCAGCUGGACCUUCUGGACCCAUUGGAGAUCCUGGAGUUCCAGGAUAUCAAGGAUCUGCUGGUGGCAGUGGUUUUCGUGGUAGGCAGGGACAACCAGGUCCUUCAGGUUUGCCUGGACGUGCCAUUGGGAUCGGCUACACUCUGGUGAAGCACAGCCAGUCCAGUCAGGUGCCAAUGUGCCCUCAGGGCAUGGACAAGUUGUGGGAUGGCUAUAGCUUGCUUUAUGUAGAAGGACAGGAGAAGGCGCAUAACCAAGACCUGGGUUUGGCUGGCUCCUGUCUACCUCGUUUCAGCACUAUUCCCUUCCUUUACUGCACAACCAAUGAACUCUGUUAUUAUGCCAGCCGCAAUGACAAGUCCUACUGGCUGUCCACAACAGCACCCAUUCCCAUGAUGCCAGUAGAAAAUGAGCAGAUUACUCAGUACAUCAGCCGUUGUUCAGUGUGUGAAGCCCCAUCUCAAGCUGUGGCUGUCCACAGCCAAGACGUCACUAUUCCCCCCUGUCCACGGGGGUGGAGGAGCCUGUGGAUUGGUUACUCCUUCCUUAUGCAUACGGCUGCAGGGGCUGAAGGAGGUGGCCAGUCGCUGGUUUCUCCUGGCUCAUGUUUAGAAGACUUCCGUGCAACACCUUUUAUCGAAUGCAACGGGGCUCGGGGCACCUGUUUCUUCUUCAACAACAAGCAUAGCUUCUGGCUAACCACUGUGCAACAGGAGAGGCAGUUUACACAAAGUCCUGAUUCAGAGACCCUGAAGGGCGAUCAGUACCGUGGCCGCAUCAGCCGCUGCCAGGUCUGCAUGAAGAUCUUGUAGCCUGUGCACAUGAGAGGAGAGGAGACUUUUAACAGAAAGAAUAGAGAAUAAGAAAUGAGAACGCAAAUAUUGACUGACUGACUGCCUGAUUAUCUGAGACCCUCUCUUCUAGGUGCUUUUUGGAGCCUUCUACAAGGCCAUGGUUAGGAGGGGCAAACAGCUCCAAGUAAAGAUGUUAAUUUCUAUUUCACUUAACAACAUUGGUGCUACGAUAAACUGCAUUUUUUUUGUUUUUGUUUGUUUGUUUGUUUUUUACUAUUCAAUAUUUGUUUUACAUAUUCAUGGCUACCUCAGAGAGUGUGUCCCAAAUCCCUGAUGGGAAGCACUGAAACAUUAACGUGAGACUGCAGGCAUUUUGUAACACAAACCAAAAUCUUCUGGUUCACCUAGUCAAAUAUUUGUGCACUUUGUAGUGUACACAAAUGAGGCAGAUUGUGGCUUGUGAUUAACACGUGAAAUUAUAAUCCUCUCUAACCCCCCACAAAUGUACCCUUAAAGUAUUGCACUGAAAUGAAUAUCUGGAAAAAAAUAAUAUAAAAAGAACUUUAGUCACUGUAGAAAAUGAACAUUCCACUUUUACCUCCAACAGGUGCCUUGCCAAAUAUCUCAAUUAACUCUAAAAUACAGUCUCACAUAAUCUAACACUGAUUAAUAGACUUCACUUUCUAAAUAUGUAUGAACUAUGUUAUUUUCAUACUCAUCAUUUCACCUUUACUACAAUGUUGCCUACAAGGAGCCAUUCAACUGAGCAAAACAUCUGUGCAUUAGAUAUUCACUGCUUUCCACAUCCAAAAGUAUACCUAUGGUUACUGAAAAUGUCUGUAAUCACUGCUGUUAUCCUUUAGUCUUUCUAUGAUGCGUUUGAAAAGUUUCUUAAAGAGACAGGCUAAUAUGUAACCACUAUAUUCAUUAGCUUCUAAAGCUCUCUUUGGUAGCCUUGAGUUUUCAGUAUGGUUUCAUCUGUAAUGUGUGUAAGCUAUUAAAUUGCAGUUUUGUCAUAUUGUAGGAAAGAAACAAUGUAGUAAAUUGCAAAACCUGGGUGUAUGAUUUGUACAUUAAGGAUGGUUUCUAAAGGUAUAUAUAUAUCUUUAUGUGUAUAUUAUAACAAUAUUUGUAUUUUUCUUACACUAAUUAAAUAAAUACAUUUUCCCCUACAUAAAUUUAGGUCUAUCACAUAACUGAAUUUCCAGUAUUAGUUUCAGUGCACAGAUUUAAAAAAAAAAAAAAAAUUAACCAAAGCUGUUUCAGUGUAUUAUUGUGCCCCUUAAUAAAUAAAGUAUGGUAACAAAAUUAUAUGAACAGACCCUACUGACCUGUCAUUUAAUAUAUUACAGACUUUCCAUCAAUUUCAUCAAAAAGUAUGUAUUUAAGGUGUGUACUUUCUCAAACAAAGAGUUCAACAAACAUUACAUAAGGCAAUUAAUCCAAAAGAGUUAACAAAAUGCAUAUUUUAACAUAUGAAUCGCUAAUUUACAUCCUUGGGAAAUUAGUAUCAAUAAACUAAAGAGGCCUAAAAAAUGUAAUUGACUACCUGCAGAACAC